UUCUGAGAGGAGUGUUUGGAGUUUGCAGAUUCCAGAAUGGAGACCCAAAUAUCUUUGUGGUCACUGGGAGGGCUUGGUUUCCUGGGGAUCUUGCAGGAUCCCAAAGCUGAGUUGCAGAUCCUCCUUUGGGGGUCCAUGUGAUGUUCAUGAGGUACUGGCAGUGGGAGGACAUCAGUCUUGGGUACCCCCCAGGUGAGUGGUGGAGGGGUAACGCAAAACCCCUGGGGUGGGAAAAGUGGAGAGGGAUGAUCCCAGAGCUGGGUGGGACCCAGCAGCCUGAAGGAGGGAGGAGAAGAUCCUGGAGUGUGGGGACCCCUGGGAUCCCUGGAACCCCAGAGCAGAGAGUCAGAAGAGAAGGGACCCACUGGGACCCUCAAAACCCCUUGGAUCAUCUGUAGGCAAGACCCCAGAGAGGGGGAAUCCCAGGAGCCACGGGACCCCCAUCAGCCCAGAGAAGGAAAGUCAGCAAACCCCAGAGUAGAGAGACAAGAGAGGUGGAUCUCCUCCAAGAUUAUUUUGGAACCUGGUGCUUCACAGAUAUUUUUGGACACAAAACCCCUGGAGACUUCUAGAGAUGGACCUCUGCAGGAAGAACCCCCAGCCCAAGGCGCUCACACCUUGUUUUUUCCCCCCAAACCAGGAUUUGUCAUUACCAAGUUGUGGCCAGAUGGAGGAGGAGGAAAAGCCCCGGGCAUCCCACACAAGGAGGGGCUGCAAACCAAGCACAGGAAGCUGGAGGGAGGAAAGACCCACCCUGUGCCAGGAUGGUGACCAGAGUUCCAGCCAGAGCUCAGAGCUGGGGGAGAAGUCUCAGGCUGAGGAGAAGCCCCACAAGUGCUUGGAAUGUGGAAAGGGCUUCAGGUACAGCUCCCAUCUGAGGGAACACCAGGUGAUCCACACUGGGGAAAAGCCCUACAAGUGUGGGGAAUGUGGGAAGGGCUUCAGCCGGAGCUCCCACCUCAUCAGUCACAGCAAGAUCCACACUGGGGAAAUGCCCUACACCUGCUUGGAAUGUGGGAAGAGCUUCAGGCGGAACUCCAGUCUGAGGGAACACCAGAUGCUUCACACAGGCGAGAGGCCCUACGAGUGUCCCCAGUGUGGGAAGAGGUUUCGGAGGUCCUCCCGUCUCCUCCUGCAUCAGCGGAUUCACACAGAGGAGAGGCCCUUCUGCUGCCCCGACUGCGGGAAGGGCUUCAAGCACAACUCUGCUGUCCUCCUGAACUGGUGCCUCCACAAUGGGGAGAGGCCCUAUGAGUGCCCCAAGUGCAGGAAGAGCUUCGUUCGCUGCUCCAACUCCAUCCCCCAUGGGAGGAUCAGUGUUGGAUGAUCCCCAGUGACCCCUAUUGGGCAGAGCCCUGGUGAUCCCUUUUCUGGGUGAUCCGUGUUGAGUGGGGGGAAAGCGUUGAAGAUAUUUCUUUCCCUUCUCCUUGUGCUGCUGUGAUUUGUUUGGUAAUAAAUUCGCUCCCUGUGCCCA